AUGCCCUCCUCUACUCGGCUCGCCUCCUUCCCCCUUCGUCGGAUCAUCAACUUGAAGGAAGUCUACGGAGAGCCGCGCAUCGUUGAUGGAUCCGGAUGUGAAGUUAAGGUGACGACCAAACAGCGAGAGUACCGGCUACGGUUUCCA